CCAACAAAAAGCAGUUGUCAGAGUUAUUUUCAGCAGUCUGUCUCUGUGACUCACCUUGGAAACCUGCACUAACCCUAACACAAACUGGUAUUUCAUGAGGGGGUAAGAAGAGAAUCAUAACAAUACUAUUGGUGGGGAUCUAAGACAACCCUGUCACAUUCUUCAGGAUAGAAAAAAAUCUAAUGAUGGCAGACCAUGGUGACCCAUGUAACAAGUUAGAGGCUUUCUACUGUAUGAAUGGAGGAACAUGUUUUAAAAUUCAUUUUAUGGACACUCUUACUUGUGUCUGCAGUGAGAACUACAAAGGCAGUCGGUGUGAGCUGUACCAGCUGUUGAUCACUGCACAUGAUGCAGGGGAGACAGGACUGAUCGCUGCUGUGGUCAUCAUGGUCCUUCUUAUUCUAGUCGUGUUCACAGUAGUUGUCUACUACACUUGCAAGGUAUGGAAGGCCAAACCAAAGAUCCAGCAGAAAAACAGUGAACAACAGUAUUGGAGAGUGGAGCCCAGAGUCUGAGGCAUGUUGCAUAUUAUUUGGAUAACAAAAGAUUUCAAAUAAAAUAUUUCAUGGACGGUGGCGUGAUAUGGUGUGGGGUCUGGAUGCUAUUAGAGAUGCGGCUAUGAAGGACCAGGAGGACAGAGGAGACUUCCAGCCACAAACAUUUUGCAGCAAGCAUCAAACCUCAAGCUGCAGCCUGUUUGAGUGGCCAUCAACAGCUGAAGCUGCUGUAGACACACAGCCACACACCUUUUCUCCAGUCUGUGUGACUGGGUGUAGGACUGAUUACAACCAUUUCAUGCCAAUGGCUAUUUUCCUCUGACACAGAAUGGAUGCUUAAAAAUGGAAGACUG